AUGGAAAAGAUUCAAAUCCACAUCAUUCAGGAGAUUAAGGAUAAUGCGAGGACAAUGUACGAGAACAGGGCUGCUGGGACAUGGAACGUGAAUAAGGCAAUAGAAUUUCUUUCUGGACAACAAUUGCAGGACAACGAAGCAUGGGGUGAAGUCAAGACGGAGGCAUAUUCUCUUGCGCCAUGGGAGGAGAGGCUGGGGUAUCUAAAGACAGUAAAGAACCUUGUGGAGAAGGAAGCUGUACGGAGGGCUGUGAAGGAUCAGAUUCUUCACGCGGAUUUUUCUUUCUACAACAUUCUUGUUGGAGGAACAAAAUAUGACACGGGGGGUGAUACCCUGGAUCUUCCCAUAACCAAAAUCGGACUUGUGGAUUGGGGUUUCCUGGAGUGUACAAGGUGA